CGUGCUCAAACCACCAUUCGAUUCAGACCGCUUCGCUUCGCGUUCGACGUUCCAAUCUUCGCGUUCAUCCGCCGGUCCGCUCGCCCGCGCACACGCAUACACACACACACAGGCAGUGUUGUUUUGUAUUAUUUUGUCGAGAAACCGUGCGGCCUAUCUCCUUUCGUUCGUUCGCGAGAUAUAAAUAAGAACAGUUAGAAGAAAAGACAUUUUUUCGCGCGCACAAAUUUGCCGGCUCGAAAAAGAGAGUGUAUCGCUGCUUCUUCGCCGUCAUCUUGGUGUCCAAGUUGCUGUUGCCACUUUGUGCGCUUAAUUUUUCACUCACUGUGGCGGCUACUACACUAAGUAUUGGAGCGCGUUGUGUAACCACCUCCGACCGUGCCUGUGCCUGAGGAACAGUGGAUAGUGCUUUGGAUUGUUGUAUGUUUUAUUACGGAUUUUGUUGAUUGUUAUUUGUCAGCGAGUGCUAUCGGACAAAUUGUCGAGAUUGUGUGUGACCCCAUCGCUUAGAAGAAGUACAGCCACUGCCAGUCAUGGGGAGCUGAAUAGUGUAAAUAUUUGUGCCAACUACAUUAGUGUGAAUGCUUCUGGAGACGCAGAGGAAAAAUAGUUGAAACUGUGUGUUGAAGAAGUACAGUACUAGAACGAAUACUGAGGCUGUGACAAAGGUGCCAGUGGGAGAAAAAAAAAAUCAAGUGUAGCAAUAUUAUGUGCUUAAGUUUUAUCGGAGUAGUACUAUAUUGAAAAUCAGAGUAGCAAAAUGACAGCCAGUAAGAUAUCCCGCCCGAACAGCUUCCUGACGGCAUCGGCAGCGACUCCAAGGAAUGGUGCCUUCGACAACUACCGGAAUCCGAGCCAGAUACCACAGAACGUCAACAGGACGAAAAAAUGCCUCUUCGGCAUACCAGACUCAAAUGAAACUAAAAGACUGUACAAUGAAAGUGUACAACAGGAUCGUCAGCGAUUCAUCACUCGGUAUGGUUUCGAUACCGUGACGGGUCAACCUGCCAGAAGCUCAUCUUCCAUCCCAUCAUCUUCAUCGUCGUCGUCGUCGUCGUCGUCAUCGUCAUCAUCUUCGCGCAGCAGCCCUUCCAGGGACUACAGCAAGCCAAUAGAUGACUCCAAGAAGCCUUAUACGAGACAGCAGCAGCAGAAAUCUUCGAUAGAUCUGUCCGGCAAAUACGGCAAACGCCAGUGUUAAGGCAAGACGCGACUUUCGAAACGGAAGUCUUCCAUAAAAUUACCGCGGAGAAUUUGAUUCUCCCAUCGGCAACAACACUUUCAACAUCGUAGCUCAUUUCAAUUUGGACCAGUUUAACUUUUUGAGAAGCACACAUCCACCCCGCCCCCUUGUACAUUAUAUACACUUCGAUAAUGUUAUACGCAAAACAAAACAGAAAAGAUUAAGUGCGAAAAGAAACCCCCCCCCCCCCCCUAUCCCUCCCGGACGCUUUGAACGCCGCCAGCAAAGAACCGUCGAGGGAACCACCAAUCAGCAAAAGUAAUAAAGAAAAGAUAAACGUGAACAAAAAAAAAA